AUGGCUAGCGACGACGCUAGACGCGUCCAAAUGCCUGGCCCGAAUUACGACGCGGAGAGGGCAGCAAGACCCCAUUUCUCGCCCAAUGAAUCUAGUUCAGCACAACCGCAUCCAAAUCGACCACACAGCACACGGAACCCUAGCUGGGAUUUGUUAUCUGGGAUCAAAAGAUUCGAGCACGGCUACGAAGAGUUUGAUUCGAGGAAUGCGAGCGAAGCUCACUUGGCCUUUGCAGAUGGAGACAUGCCAAAUAACAAGUUGUCCAAAUUUUACCAUUACCUUCUGAACGUUUCUAUCGUCACUCGUUGGUUUCUAUUUAUUGUGCCAGUUCUGGGGAUCCUCUGGAUACCAGGAAUCCUGGGGAUCACUACCUUUCCCAAUACGCGAAUUUGGGCAGUGAAACUCAUCUGGUGGAGUAUCUGGCUUAGUGUUGUUUGGGGAGGAUGGUGGGGAGCAUUGGCUGCGUCGCGAAUCUUUCCAUCAGUACUCCGUUCAACUAUUGGCGUCGUGGCUGUUGCUACGCGCCGGUAUGUGGAUUGGAUGGAAGUACUACAUAGAUACGUCGCUCUAUUCGCAUGGACCUUGGUAAACUGGGUCAGCUUCAAUCCCCUCAUUGAUAGAAGGCAAGAUGGCGAAGUUAGUGAUAAUUCUCGACGUGCGGUCGACGUAAUGGGCAAACUUCUGUUUGCCUUCUUCGUCUGCGCUGCCGUCCUGCUAUUCGAAAAAUUCUCCAUUCAGUGGAUUGCUGGUAAAUUCCAUGAGAGAUCCUACGCCGAACGCAUUGCGGACCAGAAGUUCGCCGUUAAGUCGCUUGUGACGUUAUACAGAAACUCGCGGGACAUUCUGGACAGAACGGAUACUCUACAUGAUCGGGCUACUCACGCAAAAACUAUGUCUAUCAGUCCUGGCCGGUUCUUCAAAAAGGCGCUCAAGGGUGUGCGGAUAGCAGCCACCACCACAACGACGGCUUUUGGCAAUGUUGCGUCUGAGAUUGCUGGAACGUCUGUACUCCAACCUAACUCGCCGCAAGCUAUGGUCCAGACUGCUUUGAGUUCUGCCAAUAAAUCACGUUUACUUGCUCGCCGGCUAUUCUACUCAUUCGCCAAGAAGGGUUCAGAAUACAUCCUAUUGGAGGACGUACUUCCUUAUUUCCCUUCCCGUGAAGAGGCGGAGAAGGCCUUCGCCCUCUUUGAUCAGGACGGGAAUGGGGAUGCCACUAGGGAUGAAGUCGAGAUGGCAUGCAUGGAGUUCCACCGGGAGCAAUUGUCUAUCGAACACUCCAUGCAGGACUUGGAUAGUGCGGUGGGGCGAUUAGACAAUAUCUUGAUGUCUGUGUACGUUGUUGUAGCCGCAUUGAUCAUCGCAGUUGCCCUGGAAACCCAACUCGUGGCACUUGUAACGGGUGCUGGCACUCUCAUCCUCGGCUUAAGCUGGCUCAUUGGUGGGAGCUUGCAAGAAGUCCUUACGAGCAUCAUCUUUCUGUUUAUCAAGCACCCCUUUGACGUCGGGGACAGGAUCAAUCUUGAAAAGGGUUCUUACACUGUCAAAGAAAUCCGUCUUCUCAGCACCGUCUUCCUUGAUUCGAACGGCACUUCGGUCCAAGCCCCUAAUGUCGUGCUCAACGGGAUGUUUAUCCAAAAUAUCCGCAGAAGUCCUCAGAUGUCGGAAACCUUUACCUUUGACGUUCAUUAUUCAACAAGUUUCGAAGCUCUAGAGAAGUUGAGAGAUAAGAUGCUCCAGUUCCUGAAGGAAGAGAGGCGCGAUUAUCAUCCCGUCUUCGACGUCAAUGUCGUCGAUUUCCCUGAACAAGAGAAAAUGAAGUUAUCCGCGGACAUCAAGUACAAGAGCAACUUCCAGCAAGGAGCUCUCAAAGCGAAGCGACGGAACAAGUGGAUUUGCGCGCUGAAGUCUGCCCUUGCUGAAGUCAAGAUUCAUGGACCCAAAGGAGAUCCCGAUGCCGAGCCCAGCGUUGCCCGGUACACCGAGGUGCCGUGGCAAUUGGUUAAGGAUGAAGACCAAAUACGCUGGAAGGAUCAGACACAACGUCCGGACUCUGAGAUAGCGCCUGUCGGUGGGUGGCGUUUGAGAGACAGGAACUCGGUCCUAAUGGACCCUUCGAACGACAUAUUUGGGGAGGGCGAUGAGCUUCGCAUGACAAGUCCUCGACAAAGGACGCCCGCGGGCUCUGCCAUCAACGUACGGACACCCGGAAUGGGUGUGCCUCCUGGGGCUGCCAUGCCCACUCCAGUUACCAUGCCGCAUCCAUCGUCGCAGUCUACCCCUGAAAACAUCGAAAUGGCAGCAGCACGACGCUAG